AUGAACCAUGAAACUCCUGAGAAGCCUAGUGCCAUCUGGACAGAUGAGGCCAAGUUUCAAUUCCUUUUGCGAAUUGUUGCGCAGCUCAAGGAAGAUGGUCGCUCCAUCAAAUGGGACAAGAUAAAUCUCCCUGGAAGAACUGUCAAGUCCCUGCAGAACAUGUGGACCAAAAUCAACAAGCAGAUUGCAGAUUUCGAGGCGCAAGAUAAGAAUGGCGAGCCAACGCCAAGAAAGCGAGGUCGGCCGACGAAGAAGACUUCCAAAGGUGUGGAUAUGGAUGGCGGUGCCGUCGAUGACGAUAUCGAUAUCAAGCAGGAGUUCUUCAAGAAGCGUGGUGCUGAAGAACUAGAUGACGAAGAACCCAUCCCGGCUCUCAAGAGAGCCAAAGUCAAGACCGAAGCGAAUGAUACCGUUCGGGUUAAGAAGGAAAAUAACAGACAGUACUGA